CAGGAGUGUGCCCCCGCCCAACCUCCCCGAUGAAAGCUGACAGACUGGCAGACUUCAGUGUGAAGCCAGUCGUAGGAGCCAGACUGAGCCGAGUGAAAGAGCCCUCCCUGCAUGAGCGAGGGAGAGAGGGGGCUUUGGGGGUAACGGGCAGCUGCAGGGCACACAAGAGCGCUGGGUCACCGACGGGACCUGGGACAGAAAGGGGGUUAGUGACGCAGGGACAUAAUGUAAUUUUCCCCUAUCCCUCCUCCUCCAAACUGUCUGUUAGGAUUGCUCUGCUCUGCCCCUCUUCACUUCCCUCCAUCCCCUUCCCCAAAACUAAGUUUUGGCAGGCCUGGAGUCGGGACAAGACGCACGGACUCUUCAAGGCCCUUCUUGUUCACUCUCCCUGCCCGCUGUCCCUUUCCCUCCUCCCCACCCCCACCCCCAUCUUUUUUCUUCUUUGCUAGUUGGGCAUUAGAGGAAGUCACAGGGCGAUUGCCCAGCACGAAGCCUGGCACUGGGGGAGAGGCGACCGGGGCUUCUCUUGGGUGCGCAGCGUUCUCCCGGGACUAGACUGGCACGAGAGUCCUCACCUGCCACUGAGAAGCCGAUCCUCGUUAGCAGUAGUUUGGGUAGAAAGUUUCGGGAGGCAGGUGAGUCCCGGGCGCGCUUAGGGCUCUCCGCACAUCCUCCCCUUUCCCGUCCCUCCCCAACUUUCCAGAGGGGGAUGCUUUCCCCUGCACGCCCAGUGCGCGGGUGAGGGAGCCCCAAUCCUCCCAGCCGGGAAAGAGUGGAGAGGAUGAACCAGCCGGCCGCCGCGCUGGCCUGAGGAGCGGGUCCGGGGCUCGGACGUGAAGGAAGGCAGCCCUUCUAGCAACCAUGGCGGCCCUCGGGCUCGCCCUGAUCCUACUCCUGGAAUCCGCGGUCUCCGGCUCCGGUGAGGCAGGGAAAUUCCAUACCUUUCGCUGUGACCACCAUGCCUGCAACCCACCUGUGGGGAACCUUGCUACAGGCAGGAUCCCUAUCACAUUCACUACCUGCGGAGAGAGUGGUACAGAGCUCUCCUGCUUCUAUGUGGAUCAGCCUGCUCUCCCUUCCAACACCUUGAAUUGUGGUCAUCUUCAGUGCACCAAGUGUAACGCUCAGCAACCCAACAAUUCCCAUCCACCAUCCUCUAUGACAGACAACGUCUUUAUUACUCCCAGCACCUGGUGGCAGUCGGCUCCAGGUAUCUCACGAGAAGAGGUUCGCCUGGACUUUGAGACAGAGUUUUACCUGACUCAUGUCAUUGUGGUCUUCAAAUCUCCCCGGCCAGCUGCCAUGAUCUUGGAGCGUUCCCAGGAUGGUGGACAUACCUGGAGGCCCUAUAAAUAUUUUGCCACUAACUGCACAGCCACCUUUGGGCUUCAAGAUGACCUCACUGAAGAAGGCUCACUUUGUACAUCUAGGUAUUCGGAUGCUAUUCCUUGUACCAGAGGUGAGGUCAUCUACCGGGCCCUAACUCCCACUAAUCAGAUUGCUGAUCCUUAUGGCCCAGAAGCCCAAGAUUUGCUAAAACUCACCAAUCUCCGCCUUCUGCUGCUAAAAAGGCAAGAUUGCCCCUGCCAAGGGAUGAGGCUCCUGGAGAAGCCCCAGCGAUUCACCCAUUACGCCAUUUAUGACCUGAUUGUUCGAGGAAGCUGCUUCUGCAAUGGGCACGGGGAAAUGUGUCGGCCGGUAGAUGAGAUGGGAGAUUCCAGGAAUAAGGUUCAUGGGGCAUGUGUGUGCAGACAUCACACAGCAGGCCUACACUGUGAGAAGUGUUUGCCACUGUACAAUGACCAGCCGUGGAAACCAGGAGAUGGAAAAACCAAUCAGCCCAAUGAGUGCAAAAAGUGCCGUUGCCACAACCAUGCUGACAGCUGCCACUUUGAUGAGGACGUCUGGCUGAGCUCUGGGAAGCGCAGAGGCGGCAUCUGUGACAACUGCCGGCACCACACGGAGGGCCGUCACUGCCAGAAAUGCAAGUCGGGCUUCUAUCGGGACUGGAGCAAGCCUAUGUCUUCCCCAGAAGUCUGUAAACCUUGCUCGUGCCAGCCCUUGGGUUCAUCCAAUGAGACUUCCCACAAGGGUUUCCCUUGCCAUCCCAAGACAGGGUACUGUCUCUGCAAGCCUGGAGUGGCCGGCCCGCACUGUGACCGAUGCCUGGUGGGGUACUGGGGCUUUGGAGGAAAUGGCUGUCGUCCUUGCAACUGCUCUGGGGCAUGUGACCCCCACACCGGGGCCUGCCUAAGUGGACAUGAAAAGGAGCCUUUCCUCCACAUCCCUGUAGGGGGGCAGAUCCCUGACCUUGUCCAGGGACCUGGCAAUGACAGUGAGGAGCCAGAGCCAUUGAGGUGGGAUGGUCAGGAGCAAGGGUUUUCGGCCCUGAGACAUCCAGAAAAGUGUGUCUGCAAGGAGAAGGCUGUUGGGAAGGUCAGGGAUUUCUGCCAAAUGAAGUAUGCCUAUGUGAUAAAGGCUAAGAUCCUUUCGGCAUAUGACAAAGGCACCCAUGCUGAAGUCUGGGUGAAGGUGAAGAAGGUCCUAAAGUCUGGCCAAAUGAAAAUUUCCCGGAGUCACCAGAGCAUUUACCCAGAGUCCUGGACCCACAGGGGAUGCACCUGCCCCAUUCUGAACCCGGGUACGGACUACUUGAUUGCGGGGCAGGAGGACCCCAAGAACAGCAAACUCUUAGUCAACAUGAACAGCCUGGUGAAGCCUUGGAAGGUGUAUCUGGGAAAGCAGGUAACAGGUAUCCUCCGUACAGGCUGCAAGUAACCAAGGCAGACGCCCCGAGCUUUGCUUCUCUGCAACCAAGUCUAGUGUGUUCGCCACUCUGAAAACCCCAACUUCCCGGGGCAUCGGUGUGGAUUGCCCCUCCUCUUGUAAACUCAGGACAAGGUCCUUCCUUCCUGUAGAGCCCCCGCUGCCCCACCAGAAUCCCAAGCAAACAGUCUCACUCAAAGAAGGUGGUCAGUGCUGGCACGUCUUCUGGAGGGGGAUUCCACUGGGACUUAAAUGCUGCUGAUUCAACGGAGGUGUCCCAAGGUAGAGGUCUCAGGAGACUCUGACUCCCACUCUCAUUCACAUGGCCUUAAGCAGAUCACUCCCACCUGGACUCCGCUGUGCUCAAAGGGAUGGCAAUAACACCGCUGGACCAACUCUUCUCCCAGGGUUGUAGGAAUGAGAUGAUGGAUGUAAAAGCACUUUGUAGACUGGGAAGUUCAUACAAAUGUAACAGGCUGCUAUCCUCCUAAUCUCCACAUCUAGAAUUUAACCUGACACACACAGAUUGUCUGUAUUUUGUGAUGGGUGUCUCUUGCCCUCUCUUUUUCUAGUGCUACAAAUGGAAAAUACGAAUUUAUCAUUGGAUGCCAUAUUUUGUUAUUUAUUAUGGCGAAGGAAAGUUGGAGGCACCAUGGUUUGGUGGAAAAGGGGCUGACUUUGGACCCAGGUGCUGCUACUUGCUACCUGAACCUGUAUGUGAACCUGGGUUUCUUCAUCAAUAAAGUGAGCGAGUCAGA